UUUGCCGUCGUUGCCGUCUUCGCGUCACCUUCAUGCUUCUCGUGGUUCCUUAGCCUUAGUGGUCGUCUUUCAGUCGCCGUCGCCGUCGCCGUCGCGUUAUUUCCUUCACCGAUUACAAUAUCUCUGUGCUGUCGCCUCUUGUCAACCCGAUGGUCAAAGCAAUUGGCGAACGAUAAACGUGUCGCGUAUCAGUUAUUUUUACACCACCAGUUAGCUACGUGAGUUUGGAUGGACAUUAACCGUACGGGCAAUUACAGAGAAUACGCAGCAGCCGACUCUGCUUCAUUCGUUCCUCCAGUGCGAAGCACUACAGGUGUAUUUUAUCGGUGCGAGCCGUGCGUUUGCCGUGUUUCAGUGUGUUUAAGUCAGUCGUCGGAUUAACAUUUUCAUCGUUCCUCAUAGCAACGGACUAACAAAUUUAGAAGCUUACGACACAACAGGGUGCUGCAAGUGGUAGCAAAACUAAAGUCAAGUUGAGCAGACGCGUCGCAAGGAAGCCCAAACCCAAACCAGAAUGUCGGGCAAGAGCGUGAUGAAUAAGUUUGUGAUACGAAAUAUCGUACAGCGGUUCGUGAACUGCACGUACGUUUGUGUGUUCUACCUGAUGCUCCUCUGCAUGCUAGACACGGCCGGCAUAGGGGCGGACAAGAUGCCGCAGGAGGACAUUUCGGUCGUGACGGAGAUCGAAGAGCUGUCGCCGAACGGAAGCAGCGGUGCACCGACCGAGGGUAAGGGGCUGCUCACGUCCGAUAUCGGGUUUGUGCACGCGUUCGCCGCCUCCUUCAUGGUGAUCAUCGUUUCGGAGCUUGGCGAUAAGACAUUCUUCAUUGCGGCAAUCAUGGCCAUGCGACACCCACGGUUGACGGUGUUCCUGGGUGCGAUCGCUGCCCUCGCCCUCAUGACCGUUCUGUCGGUGGUAUUCGGUAUGGCCGCCACCAUAAUACCGCGCGUUUAUACGUUCUACAUCUCUACCGCACUCUUUGCGCUGUUCGGCCUGAAGAUGCUGUACGAUGGUUACCGCAUGUCGGCCACGGAAGCGGCCGAAGAACUUGAAGAGGUGCAGUCGGACCUGCGAAAGCGCGACGAUGAGCUGGCACGAUCGAUGAGCGGCGGUCGGAAGGACACGGUCGAACUCUUCCCGCUGAGCGACACGGAGGAGGAGGCGGCCAGCAAGCAGAAACCGAAACCGAUGCUGUCGCGGACCGCAACCGCCACGUCCUCGAUCGGUAGCGUUCAUCUCCAACAGGAACAUUCGAGGCGUAGCAACAACGGCUCCAUCCACUCGCUGGCCGCCGACCAGCAAGCGACGCCCUCCGGGUCCGGCACCCUGCGGUUGUCCUCAUCCGCCUCUCAACUUUACGGUGGUACGGCAGUGUUCGGCACUGGUGCGAAGGCCACGACGCAGGACAAUGCUCACCAAACGGGAAUCUCGACCGGUGAAGCCGGUGAAACGGAUGGUAAUCUCGAAAGCUCACCCAACAGUUUUGGUGGCGAUAAAACCGGUGACGAAGGUGGCGGAACCGCGGCGCUGGACGCACGCGAACCGAACCGCACAAGAAACCUUACGGCCACGGUUACCGGAGACGUGAUGGAGUCUUCCCACGGCAAGCUGAUCCUGCUUAAAGGUGGCGUAGUGGAAAGCGAGCAACGGCAGCGACUGCGUACGGCCAACAACAACGGGGUCGACACUUAUGCCGCCACUUCCGGGUCGUCGGCUGGACCUACGGCCAACGGAACCGGCGGAGUUGUCGGAACAGCGGGAGGAACUCAGCAUAAAACGCUCGAACGCGAGGUUAGCGCUGGCGGGGGCCUGAUGGUGCAGGACGCCGAAUCGGGUGCCGCGCGACGUGGUUCGACCCGUGGCCGGUUGAACAACAACAGUGCCGCCCUGAAGCUGCUGUUCCGCAUCUUCAUGCAGGCGUUCACGAUGACGUUCGUGGCCGAAUGGGGCGACCGGUCCCAGCUGACGACGAUCAUCCUGAGCGCGCGCGAAAACGUGUACGGUGUGAUCCUCGGCGGUAUCAUCGGGCACUCGAUCUGCACCGGACUGGCUGUGAUCGGUGGGCGCAUGAUCGCCCAACGAAUUUCUGUCCGAACUGUGACCCUCAUCGGUGGCGUCGUGUUUCUACUGUUUGCCCUAAGUGCACUGUUCUUCGGGCCGGGUGAAGAGGAACCGGUGAAGGUGCCAAUUCCGUAAAGAAUGCCACCAUCCGAACAGACCAUCCUCCUCACCCGGAACAUUCGUUCCGGAAGCAAUCAACUAACGCAACGCUGCAUGGCCGUAUCAUACGUUUAAGGCAUAGCUGUUCCCAACUAUUUGUGUGCUUACGUCAAUGGUAGAAGAGUUUAGGUUUAAUUUACACCGAAAGACCCAUAUUCCCUCCACAGUUGAUGCAGUUUCUUUUUGUUUUAGGGAAAUUGAAAGAUAUCGUUUUGCUUUGUGUUUUGCUCAUCAUCAUUUCAGUUGUACAUUAAGCUUUAAAAACCAUAGGAAAAAAGGAAUGAGGUUCUGUGUACAGAGGUGUAGCAAAAACUAUAUAAAUAUGUAGGAAUAAUAACAUCAAGCGAUAAAACAGGAUAUCAAAUUAGGCGACAAAUUGCAUAGUGAGACCCAGCCAGUAAUGGAAAGUAUUUUUAACAUGAUAAGUCAGUCAAAGUCACCGUGUGAAAAUGGUAUACCAUAGAAAAAGGAGGGCACGAAGUGCAUGCGAAGAAAAGGGGGAAAUGGGGCGAACUCACGGAGCCUUGGUAAGGCAGGGGUUUGUACAGUGUUUGUUUGUCUGCCGAAAAUGUAUUAGGACAUUACGCCACUGAAAUAACCGGACAUUGUUACUUGCUACUACCUUAACAUGCGGGUGGAAGACAUACGCUUGGUGGGAAAUGAAAACUGUUGCAAAAAAACCGAUAUGCAAGAAAUUAAAUUGGAAAAAGGAAAAUAAACUUGACUGUAUGUUUGUAGAA